AUGAUCCACCGGCGUACUCCCUUCCUCCUCCUUCUCCUCUACUCCUCCAUAUUCCCUAUUUCCGCCGCCGACACCUCCAAACUCCCAGCACCCAACCCUCCCCCUUCAAACCGCUUCGGCGACAUUGCUCUUACCGACUACCUAUCCUCUCCCUCCAACUUCCCCGCUCUCCUCAACUCCGGCGACACCCCUGCCCUCCGCCCCAGCCUCGCCCUCAUCGUCGGAAUUUCCACCACCGUCUUAUUCAUCACAUUCCUCCUCCUACUCUACGCUAAGCACUGCAAGCGUCCACCUAACACCAUAAAUGCCUCUAACAACCAAGCCAACGUCGACGCUGGAGGAGGUCUUGUCAGGAAAAACUCUGGUGUUGACAGGUCGGUCAUCGAGUCUCUUCCUCUUUUCCACUUCAGCUCGCUCAGAGGGAACAAGGAUGGGCUCGAAUGCGCCGUUUGUCUCAGCCGGUUCAACAACACCGAGGUUCUCCGCCUCAUCCCCAAAUGUCGUCAUGCAUUCCACGCCGAUUGCGUCGAUACCUGGCUCGGCGUCCACUCCACCUGCCCUCUCUGCCGCCACCGCAUCCACCCGGAAGAUGUCCUCAUCGCAAUUGAAGACUGUGGUGAUGAUGAUGAGUUGGAAGAGGGAGAACCCCCCAUGGCACCUCACGAGGUCCGUAACAACGCUCUAUCCGAGUCUCCCGGAACCCCAACAGGAGAUGCUCUUGAAGAGCCUCGUCAUCCAGAUAUGACCGACAUUGAGAUCGGGAGAUGCGAAUCCUCCUCCAUUAAUACUUCCGUCUCUGCCUCUGAGCAGGGCUCACGUCGACUCCCCGGUAGGCAUUCGUCGGCAGGGGAGAGGCCGACGGGGACCAGGACCAGGUUUUUAUCUCACGUGUUUUCUUCCAAUAGGAAGGGUGCUUUCUCUCAGAGCUCGACUCCAUCUAUUAGGAAUUCAAUUACGGGUUUAGAGAAGAAGAAGCGAGGAAGUGCCUAUUUAGGUGUCGUGGCUGUCGGUUGCUUUGACUGUUACCAACGGAAGGAUGCGUUUCUCUUGACCCAACAGCAGCUAGGUGACAGAUUGGGUUCACCAUCCGGGUCAGUCUCAAUAGCUGAUAGGACCCGUUUGGAGCAUCAGAUAAUCGUGUCAGAUGGCCGAAAAAUUCAAGCCCAUAGGUGGAGCGACGUACAUGCAUCAGAUCGUCUCUAUCUCCGAUCAGAAAUGAUCAUUAGUUGCAGUCGUGAGGUACAUUCAGAAAGAAUACGGCGACCACAGCUGCCUCCGCGUCUUCCCCCACCAUGGCGCCUUUCUACCGCAUAA